AUGACUCGCUGGUCUCAUUGGGCCCUCGUGCCUCUGUUACCUCGUCUGUUGGUGGCAUCUCCUGUCUCAGAGCAAGAAGGUGAUACCGCGAAACUGAACCCACGCGCCGACAAUGAUUACACAUCGCUCCCGUUCUAUCCAACCCCGCAUGGCGGUUGGGUAUCUGACUGGUCGGAUGCUUACGCGAAAGCAUAUGAAGUUGUCAGUAAUAUGACACUCGCAGAGAAGGUCAACCUGACUACCGGAACGGGAUACUUCAUGGGACCUUGUGUUGGUCAAACAGGAAGCGCGCCACGAUACGGAAUCCCGAAUAUUUGUUUACAGGAUUCUCCCUUGGGCAUUCGGGAAACGGACCACAACACCGCAUUUCCGGCUGGAAUCACUAUCGGCGCGACUUUCAACAAGGAUUUAAUGUACGAGCGUGGUGUCGCGAUUGGCGAAGAAGCCCGGGGUAAAGGUGUCAAUGUUCAACUGGGUCCUGUUGUCGGACCACUCGGCCGCAAGCCGCGUGGGGGACGAAUCUGGGAGGGCUUCGGUGCCGAUCCAACUCUCCAGGCCAUCGGGGGUGCUCAGACGAUCAAGGGUAUGCAAAGUACCGGUGCCAUUGCAGCAUUGAAGCACUUUAUCGGAAACGAGCAAGAAAUGUAUCGGAUGAGCAGUAUCAUCACCAAAGGUUAUUCUUCCAAUAUCGACGAUCGCACUUUGCACGAGCUUUACCUUUGGCCAUUUGCGGAGGGAGUCCGUGCUGGUGUCGGUUCAGUGAUGGCUGCUUAUAACGAUGUGAAUAGUUCUGCCUGCAGUCAGAAUAGCAAGCUUAUCAAUAACAUUCUCAAGAAUGAGCUUGGCUUUCAAGGAUUCAUCAUGACAGAUUGGUUUGGCCAUUACACUGGCGUGGGAUCUGCCCUUGCGGGUCUUGAUAUGGCUAUGCCUGGAGAAGGUGCCGUGCCAUUACUUGGAGAUAGCUACUGGGGCUCGGAACUAUCUAGGUCUAUUCUAAAUGGCAGUGUUCCGAUGGAUCGGCUCAAUGAUAUGGUUACAAGAAUCGUGGCUACCUGGUACAAGUUUGGCCAAGACAAAGACUACCCCCUACCGAACUUCUCAUCCAACACUAAAGAUGCAACUGGUGAGAUUUACCCUGGCGCUCUUUUCUCGCCCACUGGUGUCGUGAAUCAAUUUGUGAACGUCGAGGGCGACCACAAUAUCACCGCGAGGGCUGUUGCUCGAGAGGCAAUCACUCUUCUUAAAAACAAUGACAACAUUCUUCCCAUCGGUCGCAGCGACUCGAUAAAAAUAUUUGGCACAGAUGCCGGACCAAAUUCCGGCGGGUUGAACUCAUGCUCAGACCAAGGCUGCGACAAUGGUGUUCUAACCAUGGGAUGGGGUAGCGGAUCUGCAAACUUGCCGUAUCUCAUCACACCCCAAGAAGCCAUUGGAAACAUAUCCACAAACGCGACAUUCUACAUCACCGAUUCAUUCCCAUCAGACGUGACCGCCAGUUCCGAGGAAACAGCUAUUGUAUUCAUCAAUGCCGACUCUGGCGAGAACUACAUCACGGUAGAUGGUAAUCCCGGUGACCGACUUGAGGCUGGCCUAAAUGCCUGGCACAACGGGGAUGACUUGGUCAAGGAUGCGGCAAAUAAGUUUUCCAAUGUUGUCGUAGUAAUUCACACCGUUGGGCCCAUUUUAAUGGAGGAGUGGAUCGAGUUGGACUCCGUGAAGGCUGUCCUUGUAGCUCAUCUUCCAGGCCAGGAAGCAGGCUAUUCACUUACAGACGUUCUUUUCGGCGACUAUAGCCCAAGCGGCCACAUGCCAUACAGCAUUCCAAAGAGCGAAUCCGACUAUCCAGACAGCGUAAGCAUCAUUAAUCAGCCCUUCGGCCAAAUCCAAGAUACCUAUACGGAAGGCCUCUAUGUCGAUUACCGCCACUUCCUCCAGGCGAACAUCACUCCCCGAUACCCAUUCGGCCAUGGGCUUUCAUAUACCACAUUCAAUUUCUCAAACCCAACACUGUCAGUCGGAACUGCGUUAGACAGCACCUACCCCCCUGCAAGACCAUCCCAGGGAGCUACGCCGAGAUACAAUGAUUCGAUCCCCAAUGCAUCCGAGGUUGCCUGGUCUUCUACAAGCUUCACUCGCAUUUGGCGUUAUCUCUACCCAUACCUCGAUGACCCUCAAUCCAUCACUGCCUCCAACACUUAUCCCUACCCAGUUGGCUAUAACACUACUCAGGCGCCCGGGGUACGUGCUGGUGGUGGUCAAGGUGGAAACCCUGCACUUUUCGACACUGCAUUCUCAGUCCAGAUCGAUGUGACAAACACAGGAAGUCGGUCAGGAAAAGCUGUCGUACAGCUUUACGUUGAACUUCCAUCCAGCUUGGGACUUGAUACUCCAUCCCUGCAGUUGCGUCAAUUCGAGAAGACCAAGGAGUUGGCGGCUGGGGACAGCGAGACACUGACACUUGACAUCACCCGUAAGGAUUUGAGUGUUUGGGAUGUAGUCGUGCAAGACUGGAAAGCUCCUACAAAUGGUAAUGGAGUGAAACUUUGGCUCGGAAAUAGCGUUGCCGAUCUGCCUAUUCUCUGUUCAGUGGGUGAAGGGUGCUCAAGUCAAUGA